UGUGCGCUGCGCGUAUAGGCUACAUCAUAUUUCAGAUGUGUGGACUGAAAUAGCCUAACUAUUCAUGUGCGUAUUAGGCUGCUGGAACUGAAUGAUCCUACGGUGUUUAUGAGAACACACAGUGUUUGAAUGACAUUAAUUUAAGGAGGACAUUGUGCUACAUGCAGAAAAGGGAUGUGGUCCAGUGUAUUGCCAUCGCGGGUCGUGUCGUGACAGUUCAGACGUCCGGGGUUUGUAUGCUGUUAAACAGAGAGCAUCACUGCAGCCCACGAUGAGAAUUGUUGUUAGGCUACAAUAUUGCAGCCCCUUGAAGGAGUGAUGCAAAACGCUGGAAAUGUCUUCGGAGGUCCUGAAUAAGUGGUUUGGGAGGCGCCUCUCCCAGGCCAGGCAGUACAUCAUGUACCACAAAUCCAGACUGAAGCCUGUGCCCACCGAAGACUGUGACAUUGUCAUAACCUUCCCAGAUAAUAUAGAUGACCAUACUUUGUUAUGGCUUCUCAACCAAAUCAGACUGGGCAUUCCACAGAUUAUCGUACACAUACGAUACCAUAAACACAUCCGGGGGUUUGCUUUCUUCAUCACCACCACUUUUGAGAACUUGUUAAGAGGUGCAGAGCAAAUAGGAAUGUACAAGCAGGUCAAGUCUGAAUAUGGAGGUGGAAUACGGCGAUUUUCAUGUGAGGAAGACACCAUAUAUGAACACAUAGAGAGUGAACUAUGUUUCUUCACAUCACAGGAACGCCAGACUAUCAUUAAAUACUGGCUGGACAAUCUCCGUGCCAGACAAGGGGAUGUCCUUCACAACAUUCACUUCCUGGAGGGCCAGCCAAUUAUACCAGAGCUACAAACAAGGGGUGUAAUCCUCCAGAUGUUUCCUCUUCAUGAUCAGCGGAUUCUCAGCCAGCUUAUCACCUCCUGGGUUCAGGCUGUCUGUGAGAGACAACCUCUCGAUGAUAUCUGUGGUUAUUUUGGGGUGAAGAUUGGCAUGUACUUUGCGUGGUUGGGUUUCUACACCAGCUCCAUGCUCUACCCGGCGGUCAUCGGCCUGCUGCUGUGGAUGCUCUCGGAAGCAGAUCAGAAAAGCCAAGACAUCUGCUGUGUUGUGUUUGCCCUCUUCAAUGUCAUAUGGGCCACACUCUUCCUGGAACGGUGGAAAAGAAGAGAGGCAGAGCUGGCAUUUCAGUGGGGAACUCUUGACACGCCGGCAGAGUCGAUCGAGGAGCCCCGACCACAGUUCCGAGGCGCGAAGCGCAACAGUCCUGUGACGGGCUGUGAGGAGCUGUAUUACCCUCCCUGGAAGAGGAACGUGUUCAGGUGGCUGGUCAGCCUCCCUGUGUGUCUCCUGUGCCUGUGCUUUGUGUUCUUGGCCAUGUUCGUCUGCCUCGAGCUUCAGGAGCUUGUGAUGGAAAUGAAAGAGCUUCCCGGCGUCACUAGAUUUCUUCCUAAAAUCCUUCUUGCUGUAACAGUAUCCACGUGUGAUGAGGUGUACAAGAAGAUAGCCCUUUGGCUCAAUGACAUGGAAAAUUACAAACUGCAGAGUGCCUAUGAAAACAAUCUCAUUCUCAAACUGGUCUUUUUUCAGUUCAUAAAUUCAUACCUCAGCCUGUUCUACAUUGGGUUCUACCUCAAAGAUAUGGAACGACUGAAGGAGAUGUUGGCUACCCUCUUAAUUAUCCGUCAGUUCCUGCAAAACAUCAAGGAGGUGCUACAACCCUAUCUGUAUGAACACCAAAAAUUGCGUGAAUUCACCUUAAGGACUGUGUGGGAGGUCUUGCAGACCUCUAUUUACAAAUAUGGACGUAUAGCUUUAGGUAAGGCUUGGAUGACUGGCAAAGCUGUGGACAAAAAUGAGAAGUCCGGAGCCUCUGGGAAACCUGUGAAGAAGGGAAGGAAACGUCUACUGGCUGGAUACAGAAACACUCAGGCUGAGGAGGGGGACGAAGAGAACACCCUCAAACAGAGGAAGGUCAGCUUCACCGAGAAGGUGGAAUACAAAGGCGGCGUGUCUGGCGCGAAGACUGGACGCAGCCUCCUAGACGAUGACAGUCCCACUCUGGUUGAGGAAGGCGCUGACCCUGCCACCAUUUUUGAGAUCUGUGACAACGAUUCUGACACGGACUCUGGGGAGGCCAUCAAGGAUCCCCCUGGUAAUGCUCACCCUCUGUCGUCGCCAUCUGGGUCAAAAACCAACAUCUCUCUCCCCCCAAGACAAAAAGCCACUGCCGAGUCAGAAACAGACAGCAAGAAAGCGUCCUGGAUAGAACCACCAGAUGAAAAAGAAUCUCCCACUCUGACCCAGCCAGAGAUUGAAAGCUGCAUGCUGACAUAUGAGCAGGACACCCUUCAGGAUUACCAGGAGAUGUUCAUCCAGUUUGGAUAUGUUGUCCUCUUUUCCUCGGCAUUCCCCUUGGCAGCCAUGUGUGCACUCAUCAACAACAUCAUCGAGAUCCGUAGUGAUGCUCUGAAACUCUGCACGGGUCUGCAGAGGCCGUUCAGCCAGAGGGUGGAAAACAUCGGACAAUGGCAGACAGCCAUGGAGGCAAUGGGUCUAAUUGCCAUUAUAGUGAACUGCUACCUGAUUGGCCAGUGUGGUCAGAUCCAGAGGCUAUUCCCUUGGCUGAGCCCUGAGAUGACCAUCGUCUCCAUCGUAAUUCUGGAGCACUUUGCCAUUCUUCUGAAGUAUGUCAUCCAUAUGGCCAUACCGGAUAUUCCUGGCUGGGUUGCAGAUGAGAUGGCCAAACUCGAAUACAAGCGCCGGGAGGCUUUGAAGCGACAUGAGCGACAGGCUCAGCAGCAGUACCAGCUUCAGCUGAGGAAGAAGAGGGAGGAAGAGGAGCUGAGAUUGGCUGAGCAACAAGCCCGGCAGGAAUGGGACCAAGAAAGGGCCGAGACCCCAGAAUCCCCCGUAGGCGAAGAGGCCCAGCACGACAGAGGGCUGGGAGUAGGGAAGCCUGGAGGGGACAAACCUAAGAGACCCAGUUCACUGUUGACCAGUAAUAAUGUGCUGAAGCUGAAGGGGAAGUUCACAACCCUCUCUUCUCCCACAGGUGGUGAACCCAAACUUCCAGGGUUCCUCAACUUCAAAUUCCUCAAAAGCCCUGAGAUGAAGAAAGACCCAGCAGCGGCCAUCUCUGCAGCUGUAGCUGCAGCAGCCUCUUCGAAUCAGGAAAAAUCACAGUCUCCCAGCAAGUCCUUUAACCCAGGGAAACUUUUCCAUUUUACCAAGUCGGACGGGACAGAUCAGCAUUCUAAAGCAGCGGAUAGCACCAAGACCACCAGUGGACAACAAUCACAUCACCAGAAUACAACACCAGAGCAGCUGCCCUCUCAGGAGGAUGAUGGUGAAGAGUCCACAGAUUCAGAUGCAAGCCCUUUUAAAAAACUGUGACGAGUCCUCAUAUAGCUAUGUAUGUUUAGCAGCAAUACGCACACAGUGGCAGCACAGACGUGCCAACUGGCACAUUAGAAUGUUAGCUUGCUUAAAUAAGGCAUGACGAAUUAAAUGUAUAUCUAUAAAUGUAUGUCUAAUUGCAUGGCACAAAACUGUUAAAAUAUGCACAGAACAUUGCAGCUCAGAAUUUCAGUGUUGAUCACCAAGACAUUUUGAAUUUCACUUCUUUAUGAGAAGUUUUAUGUGCCAAUUAUUGUUAAUAUUCCAUGAAAUCUCUAAACUGUACAUUUUAUUUGAAAAAAUAUAGUUUAAAGACAUUCUAUUUUUCACUGAUAUUUUUUCCAAUGUACUUUCUUUUUACA